GCCAGCUCACCCCUCCCCCACAGCCCUGCGUGAGCUCAUAAUAACUAGCCUUCUGAUGGCAGCUGCCUCUUUAGGAACUUAAACUGACCAAAAUGGAAAGCUUUGGAUGAGUGGAGCUGGAGUCUGCCAUCGGUGUAAAGUCUGAGAAUUCAGAAAGUUCUGAAGUGUGGACAGGACAAAUAAGAAGCUACCAGAAGCCUAGUUUCUACUCGACAUCAGGAAAAGUUACCAACAGCAGUCCUAAAACAGAAGGGCUGCCUCUGGAAACUUAAUCUCUCUGCUGAAUGUGGAACCUUACUUGCCCAACUGCUAACUGAGGAAACCGAAUUCAAGGGGGAUAACCUGGAGCUCACACCUAGGUUGCACCUCGGAAAGGAAACUUUUUCUCGAGGAAUUUCUACGCCAGUUAAUUUGCACUCAUUUUGAAAAUAACGGAAUUGGCGCGCGUCUCUACCAAACAAUUUGACGCGGUGUGAGUCGCAGAAAUGCUGUGGCAGAGUACUUAAGUCCGUGGAAUAUUCUGCAUCUUACAGAAAAGUGCUCAACAGUGGCUGUACCGUCCCAGGCCGCGACGGUGAGGACAGUUUUCAGAUGCUUCAGGUAUCGUGAACAGAGACUUGUUUGGAUUAUGCGUUUCUCAGCUAGACUAAAUAAAUGUUAACAAUGGAUAAGUGCAAACAUAUUGGGCAGUUGCGGCUUGCUCAAGACCAUUCCAUCCUCAACCCUCAGAAGUGGCAUUGUGUGGACUGCAAUACAACUGAGUCGAUUUGGGCUUGCCUUAGCUGUUCUCAUGUUGCCUGUGGAAGAUACAUUGAAGAACAUGCACUCAAGCACUUUCAAGAAAGCAGUCAUCCUGUUGCGCUGGAGGUGAAUGAGAUGUAUGUUUUUUGUUACCUUUGUGAUGAUUAUGUUCUUAAUGAUAAUGCAACUGGAGACAUGAAGUUACUACGAAGUAUGUUAAGUGCAAUCAAAAGUCAAAAUUAUCAGUGCACCACUCGUAGUGGAAGGGUUUUGCGGUCUAUGGGUACGAGUGAUGAUAAUUACUACUUACAGGAUGGCACCCGAUCUCUGCUUCAAAAUGAAGAUCAAAUGUAUACUGCUCUUUGGCACAGGAGAAGGAUAUUAAUGAGUAAAAUCUUUCGAACUUGGUUUGAGCAAUCACCCAUUGGAAGAAAACGGCAAGAGGAACAAUUUCAGGAAAAAAUAGCAAAAAGAGAAGUAAGGAAAAGACGACAAGAAUUAGAGUUUCAAGUUAAAGCAGAACUGGAAACUAUACCUCCUAGAAAGAGUUUACGUUUGCAAGGUCUAGCUCAGUCUACCACAGUAGAAAUCAUUCCUGUUCAAGUUUCACCACAAACCCCAGCAUCACCAGCAAAAGAUAAAAUAGUAUCUACCUCAGAAGAUGUAAGAUUAAAAAAAGCCACUGACGACUCAGGUAAAAGAAGACCAAUAGUAACCCCUGGUGUAACGGGAUUGAGAAAUUUGGGAAAUACUUGCUAUAUGAAUUCUGUUCUUCAAGUGUUGAGUCAUUUACUUAUUUUUCGGCAAUGUUUUUUAAAACUUGAUCUGAACCGAUGGCUGGCUGUGACAGCUAGUGAUAAGACAAGAUCACCUUAUAAGCACCCACCAAUCACAGAUACAGUAUAUCAAAUGAAUGAAUGCCAAGAAAAAGAUACAGGCAGUGCUCCCUCCAGACAUCCAAGUUUGUCAUUAGGACUAAGUGGUGGAGCGUCAAAGAGUAGAAAGAUGGAACUUAUUCAGCCAAGGGAGCCAAGUUCCCAGUACAUUUCUCUCUGUCAUGAACUGCAUACUUUGUUCCAAGUCAUGUGGUCUGGAAAGUGGGCCUUGGUCUCACCAUUUGCCAUGCUGCACUCCGUGUGGAGACUAAUUCCAGCUUUUCGUGGUUAUGCCCAACAGGAUGCUCAGGAAUUUCUUUGUGAACUUUUGGAUAAAAUACAACAUGAACUGGAGACAACUGGUACUAGGUUACCAGCUCUUAUCCCUUCUUCUCAAAGGAAACUUAUCAAACAGGUUCUGAAUGUUGUGAAUAAUAUUUUUCAUGGACAACUUCUUAGUCAGGUUACAUGUCUUGCAUGUGAAAACAAAUCAAAUACCAUAGAACCUUUCUGGGACUUAUCACUGGAAUUUCCAGAAAGAUACCAAUGCAAUGGAAAAGAUAUUGCUUCCCAGCCAUGUCUGGUUACUGAAAUGCUGGCCAAAUUCACAGAAACUGAAGCUUUAGAAGGAAAAAUCUACAUAUGUGACCACUGUAACUCAAAGCGUAGAAGGUUUUCUUCAAAAUCAGUUGUACUCACAGAAGCACAAAAACAGCUUAUGAUUUGCCACCUACCUCAAGUUCUCAGACUACAUCUCAAACGAUUCAGGUGGUCAGGACGUAAUAACCGAGAGAAAAUUGGUGUUCAUGUUGGCUUUGAAGAAAUCUUAAACAUGGAGCCUUAUUGCUGCAGGGAAUCCCUGAAAUCCCUCAGACCAGAAUGUUUUAUCUAUGAUUUAUCUGCUGUAGUAAUGCAUCAUGGGAAAGGAUUUGGCUCAGGACACUACACUGCCUACUGCUAUAAUUCUGAAGGAGGGUUCUGGGUACACUGCAAUGAUUCCAAGCUAAGCAUGUGCACUAUGGAUGAAGUAUGCAAGGCCCAAGCUUAUAUCUUGUUUUAUACCCAGCGAGUUACUGAGAAUGGACAUUCUAAACUCUUGCCUCCAGAAUUCCUGUCUGGUAGCCAACAUCCCAAUGAAGAAGCUGAUACCUCUUCUAAUGAAAUCCUUAGCUGAUCCAAA